CUGCCUAAUUGAAACAAGGGUCUAUUCUUGACAAUGUUGGAGACCAUUUUUUUCCUCACAGCCCGGACCUUUCAGGGUCCACGCUGAGUAAACCAAUUGAAUAACUAUCGGGUGCUCAACCCCCUCCGGAGCCUUAGUAUAAGUUGGUGAUUGGUCGCUGAACCCCCAGGCCCCUUAAAUGCCUUAUUUGGCGCUGCUCAUUUCCAUUUUCUUCGCUUACUCGUAUCUCACCAACAUCCCUCCCUUGUCUCUCGUAAACAGAAACGGCCAAAAUGACCAGCGGUUUUGCUGUCCGUAAGAACGGCUCCUGCCUUCGAACCGAGACCGACUGUGGUGAAACCGUUGGCGGGUUUCGUGGCUGCUGCCCAGGAGGUACAUUCUGCCCUAUCGCCUACAACAUCGAUUGUUGCCCAACCGGCGAAAAUUGCACGGAGUCGUUACUGAAGGAACCAAGGUGUGCGAAUGCGACAUGGGAUUUGUAUGACAAUGGGGGAUAUUUUUGCUGUCCACACGAUACGAUAGGAUUCGCGCUGGCAGGACAGACUGACGGCUGUGCCGGUACAGGUUACUCAUUUGGUGAGCGGGAUACAAGGUUAGAAGUUAUCUCCUCAGGGACUGUUCUACCAUUUUCAUCAACAGCGACAACCUCUGAAACAUCAACAUCCACAACUACGUCAGCUACAACUACCUCCGCGGCAGCUACCCAGACAUCCUCAUCCUCCUCGUCGUCAUCAGGUGUAGAUAAGGGUGCAGUUGCAGGUGGUGUUAUCGGUGGUGUCGCCGGUGUGGCUCUCAUUGCAGCCUUCGUUUGGCUGUUCAUGAGGCGCCGGUCACGGCCUCAGCCGGCACCUAUGCAAGGCGGGAAUGCGCCAAUUCAUGACUACAAAUAUAUUUCAAAUCAGCCCGUUGAAGUUGAUGGGCAGGGGUACCGGUAUGAGCUGGAGAGUCGGCAUGAUGCUCCAGCUCACGAGUUACCGGCGCAGCUCCCAGGUCGGUGACGGAUGGAGAGAAUGGCAUUCACUCGGCGUGAUUAUAGCUUUUGAUAUAUUCUUAUACGUAAUGUGUACAUACAUUUCUCAGAGCUGUUCGUGGUUUGGUCGGGCAUCACUUUUCUGCUUAGGCCUUUAUGCCGCGUCUGCCUUUAUUGGCAUGCGCAAUCCCUCAUUGCCUUCUCAGGCUAAACGUUAUAUUCAAUCUAAUUCUGUCUAGGGUACGAUGUUCCAAACUUAUACAAACGGAGCCGCUGCAUUGCCACAAUAUCAUCGACCCUACAUCUCAAGAGGUAUGGGCUAAUAGAUCUGUUUCGAGGCUCUACUUUACCGUUCCAUGAGUAUGUUGUGGAUAGGAUGCGAUACGGCAUUUUUGGGCAAU